AUGAAACACCACUCACACACCUGCUCCGCACGCCCUUCACGCCCUUCCACACCUUUCGCUCCCCUCAUCCCACCACCUCAUCGUUCUCCCCUCCUUCCCUCUCUCACAAUCAGACAAUGGCUCUACCUACUUAUCCCCCAAACACUCGGUGCGGCAAUCAUCGACGCUGGUGCUAACUUUGGGAUUGCGUAUGGCAUGUAUCACCGCCAGACCUUGAUAGAGGUUUGGCCUAUCCAGCACAACACGAUAGCAGGGGACAUGGCAGUCACCACUUUCAUACAGGGCAUACUCUCAUUCUUUAUCGUAUCAGGAUUGGUGCACUCCGAUAUGCGAAACGGCCUCAUCCAGCCGUUUGGCGAACCUUGGCCUUGGGCUCCGAGCGUUAGGGAAGCGCAGUGGGAAGCGAGGGAGGCGGAGCGGGAGGAGAGGCAGGCUGUUAGGCAGGCGGAACGGGAGGGGGAGGGAGAGAGGAAAAGACACAGACAGUGGUAUAACCUUCACUGGCAUGUUCGGUCUCACCAGGGAGAGCGGCACGCUCUACACACACCCUACCAAUGGUUCUGCGGUUCAGACCUCAACGACGUCUUCCACCUCUCAGCCGGUCCCUCCCAACUGCUACACCGCUGGCUCCGCACAAUCCUCGAAGGCGCCCUCCUAAGCGCGGUCUACUUCCUCCUCCUCUGGCCAGUGAGCAUCGCCAUCGUCGCCCCUCUCUGGGACGGGAAGAACCUAGCAGGCACCUGGGCGCCAGAGGCGAUCAAGGGAGUGUACGGGGGUGUACUGGGGGUGAUCAUGAACCCUGUAUGUGCGAUGAUCGCACUUGGGAGUGAGGACGCGGUUGGCAGGGGGAAAGUGGGCAGGCUGGAACGGGGAGAGGGAGAGGGGGAGGAGGGGGGGAGAGAGAUUGGCAGGGUGGUGAGUGUGUGCCCGGUUUGUGCCCAGAGGGAGAGGGAGGAGCUGGCGCAGGCGGCGGCU